GAAAAUUGUAUUGAUAAAUAAAUCAAACUUUUAAUUAUUAAUUUUUACUUAAAAUAUUUACAAAUUCUUUCCCUUUAGUAUUUUAAAAACUGAGUAGCUUAUACUAAUAAAUAAAUUCUUAGAACUAUAAAUGUUAAAAAUGAAUUUAAAGAAGAUUAUUAACUAAGUUGUACGAUAUGUAUACUUUAUUUAACACUCAUAUUUUUAAAAAUCCUCAACAGUAUAUAAUCGUUUUUAGAAACAUAUUUAUACGAUCAAUUAAUAAUCCAAAAGAUUCCUCAAAAAUAAAGAGUCAACAAUAUACGAAAUAUUUUAUCUUGGAUUUUGAAGCGACUUGUGAUAAUGGUCCACAUUUGCUAAGACCACAAGAAAUAAUAGAAUUUCCUUGUAUUGCUGUCAAUUUUUCUAAUGGAUACUUUGAACGUGUAUCUUGUUUUCAUUCUUAUGUUAAACCAGUUAUAAAUCCAAAUUUAACUGAAUUUUGUACUCAACUUACAGGAAUUAGUCAGAAUGAAAUAAACGAAAGCCCAAAUUUUGACAAAGUAUUUCAAGAAUUCUGUAAAUGGUAUGAAAGACAAUCAAGUAUUGUCCAAGACAAAUGUAUUAUAGUUACUUGUGGUAAUUGGGAUUUAGGUCGCAUUUUGAUAGAACAAUGUAAAUUAUCUAAUAUUUCCAUACCAAAUUUUAUGCAUAAAUGGAUCAAUAUUAAGAAAUUAUAUGCAUACACUUUGGGUAAUUAUCCUUAUGGUAUUAAAAAUAUGAUGAUAUCAUUAAAUCUGAAACAUACUGGAUCAUUUCAUAGUGGAAUAGUUAAAAUAUAACUUGGUGAAGAAUUUUUGACAAGAGUGCCUUUUUAAUAAAAUAACAUCAAAUUCCAUUCUAAUAUCUAAAAUUUUAUUUUAUUUUUAUUAUUACAACAAAAAAUUUGAAUGCUCAAAUCAUUUGGCAAAGUAAUAGGCCAAAUUAAUUAAUAUUUGCAAUGAUUACAUCAAAUUAAAUUGUGUCCACAAUUUAUUAGUAAUAGAAAAACUGACUGCAGUUUUGUGUUUUGUAUAAAAAUACAGAAGUAAUCAUAUCUUAGUUAAAAUAGUAGUGCUUCAUUAUACUACUGAGUACCCUUUGUAAAUGUAAUAGAAGUUUAAUUUAGUAUCUAAGAUUGUAAAAUCAAUUUUUGAUAGUUAAGAAUUUGAAUUUUACAAUUUUUUUUUAAUAUUUUUGCUAUUAUUUUUUUAGUUAUACCAUAUUAAAUUCAGAAGAAAUAAUCCUAUAAAACUAUUAUAAUUAUAUCCAUUUAGAAUUUAGAAUCGUUUAUGUAGUGUAAAGGUUAUACAAUAAGUAGGACAUAUAAAUUUAUUAAUCUGUGGUUCAAUAAGUUAAAAAAUUAAUGUUUUACAUCAUUUCAAAAAAGCAAUUUGGAAAUGCCAGAUGUAAGUUAGUUAAAUAGGGUUUUUUUAAAAUACUUCAUUAUUUUCAUGAUUGAAAUGUCAUGGUGUUAUAUUCUAAAUUAAUUUUUGGUUUAAGUAAAUUAAUUAGGAUACGCUUAAGUCUCAAAAAUCCCCUUAAAAAAAUUAAAAAUUAGUAAAAUGUACUGAAAUUUUGUAGUUGAAUUCAGUAAAAGAAUCUGAGUGUGAAGUAUACAAUAAAUAAUUGAACAAUAAUUGUUGUAUUGUUUAUUGUUGUUGUUGGGCUAACAACAAUACAGUUGAAUUUUUUGUUAAAUUAUAUUUUUAAAAUAAAAGCCAGAGUACAGUAAUAUUAUAUUUUAUUACCUCUUAGAUAGUAAUAACAAAAGUUGAAAGUAAUUAUAUAUUUGCUGUUUCAUAAUUAAAAAAUGAUUGAAGAUCCCUGGUGAUAGUUGGAUUCAAUAGUAAGAAAUUUUUAUGCCAUAUGAGUUUAAUCAAAUAAAUGUUAUGGAAUUUAGAAAUCUGUUGGUUAACUAUUUAUGUAUUGAAUUUUUUUACUAUAAAAUUCCUGUUAAUCUAAUAUUUUAAAUUUGGCCUCUUUAUUUAUCAAAUUUAUCUGAAUGUUCAUUCUCUAAAUACGCUUUCGUAGUUGAAUCUGUAGUCAAUUUUCAUUUACUAUCAUUAUUAAAAUAAAAGAAAAAUUAUUAUGUAAACGUGGAAAAAAAAUUUAACCAAUAUAUAAAUUUAUGACAAAAUUUAUGCAUUGUACUAUAUUUAUUAUAAUAUAUUAAAAGUUCUAUUAAAUUUAGUAAAAAAAAUGCAAAGUAUAUAUAAGUUUUCGUUAAGAUAUUUUAAGUUUUAUAAUAAAAAAAAAAAUUAAUUGUAAUACUUACACGAUUAAAAGGACUAAAAUAUUAAGAGAAUUAAAAAUAUUUAAUUUAUUUGCUGAAUAUAUUUCAUAUUUAUUAUUCAUUUGAGUAUAUAUAUAUAUAUAUAUACUUGAAAAAUACUAUUAAAACUAUUAUAUAUAAAUAUAUACAUAUGAAAAAUAUUUGUUAUAUUUCUCAGUUUACAUGAGGUUAAAUUUCAUUUUAAAGAAAUAGUUUUGCACUACAGCGCUCUUUACAGCGAAAUUUUAGCUGUCAAGUUCUAUCUAUGUGCUAGAUAAAAUAAUUAAUAAAUUCUAUUUCAAUUUUUCAGUUGAACUUUAUGAUUAGUAUUUAUUAAAUAACAGAAUUAUCUGUAAAUUAUCAAUUCCAUUUGUGUUGUAGUAUUUUGCACUACAGCGCUCUUUACGGUGUUUUUAACUGUCAAGUUCUAUCCAUGUGCUAAAUUAACUAAAAAAAAAAAGUUGAUCAACUUGAUUUAGUCUCAAUUUGUGAAUUUUUUUUUUUUUACAUACAAAAUUUUUAUUUGAUUAUAGAGAAUAUUUUUAAGUUUAUUAUAUAUAUAAGUUAGGACAAAGUUAAUAAUUUUAUUUAUUUGUUUGAUGACAAUCUGUUAAUAAACAUAAUGAUAAUAUUUUGUGUCUUUCAUCACAAUUAUUCAGCUUUAAAUGAUACACUAAACAAAGCUAAACCAGUAGUUGAAGACUACUGAAAAUUGUAAUACAUCUUAUAAUUUUUUUUAAGUUAAAUAUAUAAAAAUGAAAAAAUA